UGGGAUCCCUUUACAGCACCAGCAAGCAAGGAGUUAACUAACCAACGCUUUAAAAGAGGAAACGAAGGCAUCCACUAAUUAUAUUGAACAGCACUGCAGAAUUAUGACUAAAAGCGGAGAAGUUUCAAGGAGUGUCUAGUUUUGAGCUGUUCUACUUUCCUGGUGUCUUUUGAAGAUUAAGAUGUUGCACAGUAUAGCUCUGCUGUCCACUGUUACUCUUUUGGGUGUGCUGGAACAAGCCUAUUUUGCUGUUCAGGUGAUCACUUUUCGGAGGAAGUUCAAAGUCUCUCCUCCCAUCACUUCAGGCCCACCAGAGUUUGAAAGGAUCUUCAGAGCACAAGCAAAUUGCUCAGAAUAUUUCCCAAUAUUUCUUUCCCUCUUAUGGGUGGCUGGAGUCUUUUCCCAUCAAGUUUUGGCUGCAUUGUGUGGAGUGAUUUACCUGUAUGCUCGUUAUCAAUACUUUAGAGGAUAUGCGUAUUCUGCUGAAAAAAGACUGGGCCCCCUGUAUUUCAGCACCGGAAUUCUUUUCAUUCUUAUUGGUCUGUCCAUGGUGGGAUUACUUAUCCAUUUUGUGCGAUACUUUUGAUUCCUUAAAAGUGCUUUGAGAUCAGCAAUUCAUUCCUUUCAACUGACAAAAUGUUCAAUGAUUUGCGCCUUAGUUUUCAACUUUCAUUUCUCCUUUCCCCCCCCAAAAUUAAAACAAUUUUGCACAUCAGCCUUUUCGAACUAUAAUUUUCUAGAAAUGUAUUUUUGUUUUCUGUUAAUGUUCCCAUAGCUUUCUCAGUAUUAUUGUUAUAUCUAUUUCCUGUGGUUAAAAAAAAAUGUUAAGUUGUAACACACAUACUUACAAGGUAAA